AUGAUGUCCAUCAUGAAGUGGAAACCCUAAUCAAGUAGCAUAUCAUUUGCUUUCAUUUUAUAUAUUUUUUUAAUCCCCCCAUAAACAGAAAGAUAUCUAUAAAUAUCCACGCGUCUUUCGUAAGCAGAAUCUCCACCACUCUGUUCAAUUCACACUUUCUCUAUUUACGUUUGCGUCGUUAGGGUUUAUACGCACCCACACACACAAAUGGCUGAACACAACGCUACCGCCGUCACCGGUUCUCCCAUGAAAAAGCUCAAAGACGGUGACGAUAACGGCGCCGCCGCCGCCGUUAACGGUGGCGGAAACAUAUCCUCUGUUAUUCCCGGCUGGUUUUCAGAGAUUAGCCCAAUGUGGCCUGGAGAAGCACACUCUUUGAAGGUUGAAAAGAUACUAUUUCAGGGCAAAUCUGAUUAUCAAGAUGUUAUGGUUUUUCAGUCUGCAACAUAUGGAAAAGUUCUUGUUUUGGAUGGUGUUAUUCAACUUACCGAAAGAGACGAAUGUGCAUAUCAAGAAAUGAUUACUCAUCUUCCACUGUGUUCAAUUCCCAAUCCUAAGAAGGUUUUGGUUAUUGGAGGUGGAGACGGUGGUGUCUUGCGUGAAGUGGCUCGUCAUUCUUCGGUUGAGCAUAUUGAUAUAUGCGAGAUUGAUAAAAUGGUAGUUGAUGUUUCCAAAGAAUAUUUUCCCGAUGUAGCUGUCGGCUAUGAAGAUCCUCGUGUCACACUCCAUGUUGGUGAUGGAGUCGCAUUUCUAAAGGCUGCCCAAGAAGGAAGUUACGAUGCUGUUAUUGUUGAUUCUUCCGAUCCAAUAGGGCCUGCACAAGAACUAUUUGAGAAACCGUUUUUUGAGUCGGUUGCAAAAGCGCUCCGUCCAGGUGGCGUUAUGUGUACUCAGGCUGAAAGCAUAUGGCUCCACAUGCAUAUCAUUGAAAACAUUGUUGCAAAUUGCCGCCAGAUCUUUAAAGGUUCCGUUAACUAUGCAUGGACCACGGUUCCUACAUAUCCAAGUGGGGUCAUUGGCUUCAUGGUAUGUUCAACUGAGGGACCGGAAGUUGAUUUCAAGAACCCAAUCAACCCAAUAGAUGAAAAGGAAAACCAAAACACAUCUACGCCACCAUUGAAGUUCUACAACCGUGAGAUUCACGCCGCUGCUUUUUGCUUGCCUUCUUUUGCCAAGAAGGUGAUCGAGUCCAAAACUAAAAACUAAAAAAAUAUAUAAAAUAUCAAAAGAGGCAAAAUAGCUCUCUCAUGUAAAAGCUUCCUGGCUUCCAAUUGUUGAUUGAAGACGGUUUGGUUCGGCUCGCUUAUCUUCAAGAUCAAUCAGAAUCAGAAUAAUAUGAAGUUUUUGUGACGAUAACGGGUCAUGAGUUGUGUCUGUUUUUGUAUUUGAUUGAUGGUACUUCUAAAUUUUAAUUUACUGCUUCUCAUGAGAUGCAUAUAAGCAUCACUUAUCUUAUGUCCAAUUUAUUUUCUUUCCAUAGAUUUUAUUGAGACUUUAAAGUUUAAACCCAAUAUAUUUUGGGCUUUUUAUGUUUU